AUGGCGGUGCGCUUUGCUUCCCGCAGCGCGGCGCUGAAAGUUGAGGUGCAGGAGGAUGAGGCCGUGAAGGCGAAGAGCAUCGUCCGCUGGCGCAAAGGCAGUGGUCCGAAGGAAGAAGCCUUCGAGCUUUAUCCAGAUCGCGGCUUUGACAAAGCCUUGGCGUUGUACCGGCACAAGCCGCCGUGGACCGCACCGGCGCCUGUCACGCAGCUGUCGCAGUUGCCCGGCGAAACUUUGUUCGUGCUGGCUGACACAGGGACAUCGUUAGUGGUCUUCUGUCCCCUGGCAAAUCUGGCCCACGGUGUUGUUGCCUCUCUACGAGGCAGCCGACGUGGUCUGGAUGACUUCGAGCUAGUGCUUCACAUCGAGAGCAGAUCCGAAGAUGGAGUCACUGGAAUAGACACACCAGUGCUGCUGAUCAUGGAGUGCGUGAAUCUGGGUGCAGCAGCCGCGGCAAAUCUUGCAGCGCAGAAAGUGGCACAGACGCUGCGUGCGCUGGGGCAGCCCAUGCUUUUGCGCUCUGAGAAAUUGUUGCCGGAGCUCUUCGGCCGGUGGGGCUGGUGCUCCUGGGACGCGCACGGUGUUGGUGUCAAAGCAGAGCACCUGAAGGCGAUGGCAGUGAAGCACAGUCCUCCCUGGCUGGUCUUGGACGAUGGAUGGCAGGAGGAUGUGAGUCCGGAAGAGUGGCGGCGCUGGCUGCACACCCCGCAGAGCCAGCACCUCGCACGUCCAGGCUUCGGGUCGCUUCAGGACCUGGCCGAAGCGCUCAGACGCGAAGGUUCAGCCCUGCUGGUCUGGCACACGUUGCUGGGCUACUGGGGAGGAGUCGCGGAGGGCCGCGGCUUCUCCGUCACCCGCCGGCAUCCUCUCUGGCCCAGCGGGCUUCAGGCCGGCUGUCCGGGAGAGGUUGAUGUUUGGGAUGGCGACUUCUACACCCUGGAGACGGAGGAGGAUGCGGAACGAUUCUACAUCGAUUUCUACGCAGCUCUCGCCGACGCGGGGGUCACUGGGGUGAAGUGUGACGGUCAGUUUCUCGCAGAGGUUCUCGUGGGUGCACGGCGUGCCGCAGAGUUGGCACACAUUCAGGCAGAAGCCGCGAAGUGCAUCGGGGGCCGGGUCAUCAGUUGCAUGGCCAUGACGCUUCCUUGUGUUCAUGGAGGGUCUGCAGUGCUCACACGUGUGUCUGAUGACCAUGCAUAUCCGGGUGUUCCUGAAGAUGCAAGGUCAGUCGCACGACACAUCUGGCACUGCGCUUCCAAUUCGCUUUGGCUGGCGCCCUUCGUGCACUGCGACUGGGACAUGCUGAAGACGGGAGAGUGGCAUGCGGCCGUUCAUGCGGCGGCACGUGCAGUUGCGGGUUGCCCGGUAUACGCCAGCGAUCCUGCGGAGAACUUCGACCCCGAGGUGCUGGCUCCACUUCUACUUCCAGACGGUACUUGCCGCGUGGUUCCUUGCAAGGCCUCGGCCGUUCCCAUCGACCGCCACUGCUUCCUGGACCCGGUGAGCAGUGCAGAGCUGUUGUGGCUGCGAAACGAGACUGCGGGUGGGCACAUAGCUGCAGCCUUUGGCCUUUGCGACACCGCUGGGAGUAUGAUGCGCUCGACCCUGUUUCCCUCGGAUGUGGGCGAGGAGCCCGAAAGCUGUGCCUGCCUUCAAGUGGAACUCUGCGGACCGGGACAUGCCGCUGAGCUCACCGCAAGAGGCUGGGAUGUGCAACUGCAUUUCAUGGGUUUCAUGGUGCUGGCUAUCGCUCCCAUUCUGUCACUCGGUGGCCAGCGGCUGGCUGUGUUUGGGCUCGCCGGAGUCUGGAAUCCGACCGGCACGCUGGCUGCGCCGCCCUCUGCAAGCGGCGAGGGAUUGCGAGUCUCGCUGCUGUCGCCCGGUAGCGUGCAGAUCUGGAGCGCAGGUACAUUGGCCCUCGCGAGCCCUUCUGGGCCGGUGAUUCUCAAGCCGGGGUUGAACCGUGUCGAUGUGGCGGACCCAGAUGUCAUCCUGACAGGUUCACACGCGUGA